AUGGAUUAAAAAUCAUCUGCUUUUCAUAUUUACAAAUAAACUCUUAUUCGACGUAACACAGUACCUAUUUCAUAAGUGUAUAGCUAUGAUGUUAAAGAUGUAAAUAUUUUAGUAAUGUAUAAAUUUAGAAAAUUGGACAAGGAGCAUAUGGAAGUGUUUUCAAAGCAAUUCAUAAGGUUUCUAAAUAAGUUAGAGCUGUAAAAGUGAUUAAUAAGUUGAAUAUAAAAUACAAAGAAAGGUUAUUAAGUGAGAUAACAAUAAUGGAGCUAUUAGUAUGAAAAUAAAAUUAGCAAUUUAAGGAUCAUCCAAACAUACUGAGAGUAUUUGAAACAUUUGAGGAUAAUGAAAAUUUAUAUAUGGUUUUAGAGUAUAUAAAUAAAUUUGAUAUAGAAUCUGUUAAGGUGGUGAUGUGUUUGAUAAGGUGUUAGAAAAAGGAAAUCUAUCAAUUGAUGAAGCAUUUAAAGUAUACAUUCAAUACAUGAGAGCAGUGAAUUACUAUUAAGGGUUUAAAAUAGUUCAUAGGUAUAUAUUAUGAAGAUAGAAGGGAUUUGAAACCAGAAAACUUUUUGUUUUAAAAAAAAGAUGAUUUAAAUACUUUGAUUGUGAUUGAUUUUGGAAUAGCUAAGAGAGGAGUUGAUAAAUUGAAAACUAAGAGUGGCACAGUAUAUAAUAUAAUAAUAAUUAUUUUUAAGGCAUAUUAUGUUGCUCCUGAAGUCUUAGAAGGAUCUUAUGAUUCAAAAUGUGAUAUCUGGUCUUCAGGUGUUAUUUUAUAUGUAAUUUUAUGUGGCUAUCCUCCUUUUUAUGGAGAAAAUGAAAAAGAAAUAUUAACUGAAAUUAGAAAUGCUCAAUUAUAAUUUGAAGGUUAUUAUUUUAUUAUUAUUAUUUUAUAGGUGAUGAAUGGUAAUAAAUACCAUAAGAAAUUAAAGAUUUUAUUAAACUAUAGAUAUGUCCUGCAGCUUAAAGAAUUGCACCGAAAGAUUUAUUAUCAAACAAAUUAGUUGAUAAAUUCAAUUAGAAGUUUUAAGUUGAUUAAAAAUUAAUUUCUAUGAUAACAAUUACAUCAUGGGUUAAGUUUCAUCCUUUGAAAAGAUUGGGUUUAUAUUAUUUAGCAACAUAAAUCAAUUCAUCAGAUCUUAAGUAAUAGAAAAUGGCCUUUUUCCUGAUUAAUACAUCUCAAUCUGGGUUAAUUACAUAAGCAGAAUUAGCAUCCUAUUUAAAAGUUAAUAAAUAAGAUAUAUAAAAAGUAUGGCCUUAUUUGGAUUGCAAUAAUAAUGGUUAUUUAGAUUACUUUGAAUUUAUUGCAAUUACACUUACUCCAUAAGAUUAUAAUAAUCAUUUACAAUUCAUGUUUGAUUUUCUAAGUUAACAAGAAAAAACUAUUACUCAAAAAACUAUUAAAUCAAUUUUUGAUCAAAAUGCUAAUUUGGACUAAAAAUGGGUCUCUAUUUCAGAAACCAAAGGUAAUCACCAAAAUACCCAUGAUCAUUAAGUUAAUGUUAAAAAUAUCAUUGAAAAAGAUAUUGAUUUUGCAGGCUUUAAAAUUUUAAUGGGAUGAAUUAUAUUAUUAAAG